AAAACAUUUGAGAUGAGGAUCAAGCCCGAGAAAAAGGUAAAAAAUAUUGCUUUCUCUUCUGUUAAAAAGAAAGAUUAUAUUGUUGAUGAUUAUGUGGAUUUAGCUUUGUUGACUAAAGAGUUCAAGUUUUUUUUUAAAAACAAAAACUCUUCUGGAAACAAUACUGAGAGGCUGCAUUAUGAAGACUACAAAGGGCUAAGUAACAUUCUUGUGGAAUAUGACCGUGGGAGGUUACAUGGACUGAAAACUCUCUCUGUAAAAGGUCGCUGUGAGAACUUGAAAGAAUUGAUGAAUGCAAUAACAUGUGUUCCAGAUAUGCCUGUGUUUGAGAACUUGGAAGAGUUGUAUCUAUAUUACCUGGAUGACCUGAAGCAGUUAUGUGUUGGUGAGUUACCACCUGGAACUCUCUGCAGUUUGAAAUUAUUGGAUGUCGUUGGGUGUCGUAACUUGGGUAAUGUACUGUUGCCAUCAAAAUUGUUGCAGAAACUACCAAAUCUGGAAAAACUAUUCUGUUUGGGUACUAAAGUGGAAUAUGUGUUUGGAUGUGAAGGCUUUGAGCCGGAUCAAACAAAUCUGAGAGAGAUGGAUUUAUGGGAUCUAGACGCAGUAAGAAGCAUAUGUAAUGGUCCUGCUCCACGUGGAAUGUUCCAGACACUAAACGAUUUGGUCAUUGACAAUUGCAACUUCCAGGGAAGCCUCUUCACAAUUGAUGUAGCUCAGUGUCUUUUUCAAUUGGAACAACUUUUUGUAUCCCAAUGCCCUUUCUUGGAAAGACUAAUCGAAGCAAGGAGGGAAUCAUUGAACAACAACAAGACCGUUCUUCCAAAUUUGAAGAGCUUAUGUUUACAAUAUCUUCCCAUGUUGUACAAGGGAAGUGCUACUAUUGAUUUUGAGUGUCCUUCAUUGGAAAUCUUGUGUAUCGAGGACUGCCCCCACUUGUCAUUUCCAUCCUCUGCUUCUGACCACUUCCACAGCAGGAAGCAAGACCUUUUCAAUUUGGGUCGGAUUACGAAAUGGGACUUCCGCUUAUUUGCGGGCAAUGAAGGAAGUGACGGACAGACAGUUGCAGAACAGAGCUUUCGGAAAAAUCUUCCCAUGUUGUAUAGGGGAAGUGCCAAACAAACUCUCUUUCUUCUUCGCUGCCAACGUGCCAUCACCGACGUUUUGCUGAUCCCAACAGCUGCCGAUCAUGUCUACUUCCUCCCAUUCCCCAUCUGAAUUUUGUUCUAGGUAUAAUUCCUUUGGAUUUAAGCACGGAAUCAUCGCUGUUAAACUUUAUGGAUGUUUUAGGGUGUUGCAUGUUCCUUUGUGUGAAUUUGAAUCUUAAUCUUCUCUUGAUUAAAACUAAAAUCCUAGAAAUAAUUAUUUUCA